CAUGUUUUUCUCAAUCGUAAUAAAGGACUACAUUUUAAAUAUUUUCUUACAAAAAUUAACCAAAUACUAAAAUGGAGCAAGUUUUAUUUGAAAUAGGUGACUUUUCAGCAUCAAUGGCUCGGUUGGAAUUGCAUGUUAACGUAUUGCUAAAAUCUACAAUUGAAAUUAAUGACGAGUUGAGACAAAAUUUGCAUCAGCUAAUUAGCCAACAUUUUCCAGACACACGUUCCCUCCUGACAAUUAUUCAAAAUUCUAUUAACGCUGAAGGGGGAAUUUCCAUCAAAAUUGAGGAAGACAUUGCAAUUAGAGAUGCUUUCACCACCCACCAGGAAGACGAGUUCAUGCAGGAAGACAAUAAAUAUAGUUUUUCUGAUCUCGGAAUGAAAAUUGAACCAGAAAAAAUUUAUAGGACACGAAGCAAGACAAAACAUAAAGAAGAAAAAUCACCACCCACAUGUAAAAAUGAAACACACGAUGGGGAACAACAAAGUGUUCCUGGCGACGACGAGAAUUAUUCAGUAGAAAUCGAACCAGAGCAUAAAUCCGAUCAAGAGGAAUAUUUUCCUGUACAUGAUUCAUCAAAGAAGAAAAAAUCUCUCAAGCCGAACAAAAAACGAGGACAAAAACAAAGAAAAGAAAGUUGUUCACCUAAAGCAAAACCUGCUAGAAUACGUUAUGCCGAUUUAACCUCUUCAUUUCUUUGUCAAACCUGUGGGAAGUCGUACAAAAAGAAAUACGACUUGGAGAAACAUCACAUGCUAACUCAUGAUAUAGAUUCCGCUCCAAAGUUCCCUUGUGACAUCUGCGAUAAAGUAUUUCUGGUGAAGCGAUGUCUGAAAAAGCACAAAAUUAUGAUACAUCAAGUAGAACCUAAAGUAUUGUGCGGCCAGUGUGGUGCUUGGUUUAAGCACAUGGAUAUUUUGAGGAAUCAUGUUAAAAAUGUACACGAUCAAGUUAGACCACAUCAGUGUCAUAUUUGUCCGAAAAGUUUUAAAAUGAAGACUCACCUCCAGUAUCACUUGAAAACGCAUGAACGACCGAAUGGAGGAAAGGAAAGGGGGUUAAAUAAUGAUUUUUGGAACGAUUUCCUUGUUUUCUGAAACUUUCUUCUCUCUUUUAUAGAAGUGAUAAACCAGUUCGAUGCAAUUUCGAGGACGGUGAUCAUGGUCCCCAUUAAAAUAAAUAAGUACAAAACAGUAUUGACUUUCAUAAUUUAAAGAUGAAAUAAUUCUAAACAAUUAUAAAUUUAUACUCAUGUAUUUACCAAUUAGACCGUACACCGCUGUAUCAGUGUGUUGAGUACGAAUUUUUAUUCAUCUUAACUAUUUAUAAAAACCUCUUUACCUGGAAAUAUAUACCAUA